AACAUCGAAACCCGCUGUUGCCCCAAAAAGCUCUCUUCGGUUCUCUCACAACUGGUUGGCGCUAGUUGCGUUGCUCUCCCGAAUGGGCACUUCAACGUUGUCGGUUGCGUAUGUUGGAUCGAUCAACGGGCACAAAAAAUCGUCCAGUGGGGCUUUUGUAGCAUUUGAACUUUCGUGGCGUUCGGAGCGGUUCCGGCUGCACGGUGUGAACGCGCGCGCUUCUGUAUUGGGGUGAUUACGUAUGGACGUGCUCCAUCCUACAUUCAUUACAGUGUAAUACAACGGUGUACGAUUGUUAGCUAGAACAUAUAUGAAUAUGUUAAAAAUUGUGAUCUAAUUCUAGCUUGAUUUUUAGUGAAUGUGUUAUUACAUCAGAUUAGGAAUUUCUGAAAGAAAGAAAUUAAAUGUCAUAGUGUAUAUCUCUAUGUACUGCUAUGUACAUCGAUUGUUCAAGGUUUCAAUUGCUUGUAAAACUUGAAAACAACAAACAAAUUGUUGUGUUGUCCAGGAAAUAGCCAAGCGUCGUAAACAAAUCAGUGACCUAAAAGCGCUUCAACAUCGAUUUCGGAAUCGGUGUCCCGUGUCCAACAAAAAUCAUUCGUGAUUCCUGAACGCAAUACCAGUAAUGGGAGCUUUAGUUGUUGAGAUUGUUGCAUUACUUCCAAUUUAUUGGCCGUCGAAGGAUGUAUACACCAAAUAGUUGGCUCAGUCGGAACAAUGCAAGAGAGCGUAGCAGAUAAACAGAAGCAACCGUGUGUUGAAAACGGUCACUUACGAUGACUAAUGAGCCAUUUGUGUAUAGUCUUGGGGAAGGAUGUUAAAUUUAUUAGUACCCGUUUUCAAUGUCGAGUGUCCGGUUGUGGUACACCUUUUCCUAUGGAGUUAACUUUGCAUGGAAUUGGGCGGCCCGGUGGUGUAUGAUAAACGGCGCCGGUCCACUAUUGUCUGACUAUUUCAUUUAAAUCAAGGCCAUCAAUCACCGUACCCUACGUCAAGUAAUUAUUAAUAUUAGUAGAGAAAUGCGUAUUGUACUGGUAUACCGACCAUAUGGUGGAGGAUCAUUGUUGGAUAAUGUUUAUCUGUGCUUCUUAAUUUUGCACUACAAACACGAUGUCUUUGGAAGGAAAUGCGGUGAUACAGACGGCUGGUUGCAAGACUAUAUGAUGUUGAAGUACGCACAACCAGCACGGGUGCGUCAAGCCAUGCGCGUACUCCACCAAAGAAAGGUCGAAUCGGUUUCGUUCACUUUCCUCCAAUGGUGCUUUAUACCCUGACCAAUUAUCGACAAAUUUGUCUUGUUUAGCAGAAGGAAUACGGAGUAAAUAUUGAUGUGAAGCGUUGCAAAUAAAAGCGAAAAAAUCGUUCAUAGUGCGCAGACAGAUCGGUGUUCGGAAGCAAAUUUUUCUCAGCGGAGGCAAACUCCCGUCAGGCGAAGACUCAUCGGUCGUGAAUCGGGUUUUGGUAAUAUUUGUUUGCAUAACAUUAGCAAGCAUUUCGCCGUUUUUGUGUGGCCAUAAUGAAGAGUGAACUUCGUAGAAAAAAUUAGUUGAUAUUUGUGAAAAGUUUGUUUGUGUAUAUAAUAUGUUAUAGUAUCAUACCGCCUUACAGUAUUGUAUAGCAUUUGAAGAAGUCAUAGUUUGGCGAUAAGAUCAUAUGUGAAAAUGUCGAUUGGUUUGAUGAAUUCGGUUAUUAAAACUUCCCAUUACAUUGCUGUUUAUUUUGUACUUGUGCUUGUGUGCUUACGUGUAAUUCUGUGCAGGAGAAGUGUAAAAAUGUUAAAUAUACAUAUUGCUACUGUUAGUGCGUAAAUCUACACCAUACGUGUUAAUUUCUUAAGUUCAUCAUCGUCCUCUAACAUUGUCGUGUUAUUAUUGCAAAAGAAUAAUAUCAAAGAGCCUUCUGUGUGUCUAAUUUUCUUUAUCGAAUGCUUGCAAAAAAAUCAUUUCUGGUAAAAAUAAUAACGAUAACGUCGUAUAUUAUGUUGUCGUGAACGGAACAUGUUGCCUUUGUGUGUGUGGUUUCCUGUUCGAUCUUAGAUCUGUAUAGAUGUUGUGCAAGAAGAAAAUUAAAAAAGUUUAUUAAUUUGCCUUUCAUAUGUAGUUUGUUAUCAUUGAAAGAGCAAAAAAUGUGUGAAGAUAAGUGAUUAUUUUUUUAUCUUCUAGUUGGGUGUUUGUGCAUGUGAAAAGUGAGUAAAAUAGUGAAACGAUCGAUGAAAAAUCUUUUUCUCUUUUGCGGCGCUUAAUACGCCAUAAAUCUAUUAACACGAUGAGCGUCAACGAACAGCCAACCGAUUUCUGUUUUAAAUCCAGCAAAAUGGUUAUCCUAAAGGAUUUGAAGGCGAAGCUGAAGGGAUAUCUGUUCACCGGCGACUACAUCAAACAUCCUGUUCUUUAUGAACUUAGCCACAAGUACGGCUUGCCGGACAAUGUGUCUGAGCAUCUACUACCCGAUAGGCUCGAGGAGAUCAAGGAAGCCAUCCGGCGUGAGAUUCGCAAAGAACUUAAGAUUAAGGAGGGCGCCGAGAAGCUGCGGGAGGUUGCCACGGAUCGCCGUUCACUCUCCGAUGUUGCAUCAAUUGUUAAAAAAAGCAACAACAAACUGGCCGAGCUUAAGUCCGAGCUGCACGAGCUGGAAAGCCAAAUCAUCCUUACACAAGGCAACAGUGUCAGCAAUAAUGGAGGCCAUGAUCCCAUUUUGUCCACCGUCAUUCCGAGUGGCCCAGAAUUUACCGCUAACGAUAAAUUGCUCAUAUCACUGGAAAAGCAGCUUAGCAUUGAAACGAAGGUGAAGAAUGGCGCCGAAAAUAUGAUCCAAUCGAUCUCUAGCGGACACCAUGGUCGCGAUAAGAAACUGCUAGCCGAGGCACAUCAAAUGUUGGCUGACUCGAAAGCAAAAAUUGAAUACCUGAGGUUGAAGAUCCUAAAAGUGCGCCAAAACAAACUGAACAGUAAGGUUUCGGAAGAGAACGGGAGUGAAUCAACGGCAGCGAUCAAGCAACCGCAAGAACUUGAAACGUCACUGGACGAUCGGAUCGAGGAGCUGCGUCAUCGGCUUCGCAUUGAAGCGGCCGUUGUGGAUGGCGCGAAGAAUGUUAUCCGCACGCUCCAGAGUACAAAGACGAUCGAUAAAAAGGCACUGCAAGAGGCUCAAGGUCGCUUAUCGGAAUCAUCUCGCAAAUUAGACCUGCUGCGGAAGGCACUGGAUUUACGGAGACUGGAACUUCCUCCUGACUGCCCUACGGCACAACAGCUAAAAGCAGAACUGCAAAAUGUGCAAGUAUCCAGCCCUGGUCCGGUGCAGUACACGAUGCGCAACUCCUUCCGCGGAAGCGCACAGGGUCGACCGACACAGAGUCAUCAAUCGUUCAGUCGAUGUGCUACCGUCACCGGCAAGCUGGAGGUACGGCUAAUGGGCUGUCAGGAUCUACUGGAAGACGUGCCUGGCCGAUCGCGACGUGACAAGGAUGCUGGUUCGUCCAGCCCGGGUGAUCUGAAGAGUUUCGUCAAGGGUGUCACAAGCCGCAGUUCUUCAAAGAGUUAUAGCGUCAAAGACGAAACAUCGUCGGAAAUUAUGGCGGUGAUCAAGCUGGAUAACAUAACCGUCGGUCAGACGUCCUGGCGGCCUUGUUCACAACAGGCCUGGGAUCAGCGAUUCAGCAUCGACUUGGAUCGAUCACGCGAGCUUGAGAUUGGCGUAUAUUGGCGCGAUUGGCGCUCACUCUGUGCGGUCAAAUUUUUGCGCCUAGAGGAGUUCAUCGAUGACAUUCGGCAUGGCAUGGCGUUACAGCUGGAACCGCAAGGUGUGCUAUUCGCCGAGAUCAAGUUCCUCAAUCCGAUGAUCUCCCGCAAGCCGAAGCUACAGCGCCAGCGCAUGAUCUUCAAUAAGCAGCAGGUGAAGAACAUUCCGCGCGCCAAGCAGAUGAACAUCAACGUUGCCACUUGGGGCCGAUUGCUGAAACGCAACACAACGAGCAGUGCACCGGUAGCGACCGGGUCAGGUGCAUUUGCCGGUACACCCUCGCCGGGAACGACGACAGUUGCUUCGGCCAUGUUAGUAAACCAGACCUCGGGAUCGUCAAUGACGACUCCUUCCACGCCGGGAGCGGUGCUGUCGUACGAUCCGUUGCAGGAUGAUCCAGUGGAAACGUUAGGAGAAUCGGCGGAUCAUAAUGUCAUCGGGCUCGGUGGUGGUCGUCCACUCGGUAUCCACGGUGUUGGCGUACUACCCGAAAGUCCAUCAUCCCACUCCCUUCAAAAUCAGGGCACACCAACGGCGAGUCGUCCCAUUCCUCCACCUCAGUCCAUCAGCACGCCAUCCAGCUUCCGACAGAAAAAGCAACCAAUGCCAUCUCCGCGGCAUGCAACUCCACCAAAAAUCGAUCCCGAGUUGGAGUACGCAUUAAGCAAAUUCGAUUUCCUUCACCAGCACGAUAGUCUUAGCAGUGUUAGUUUGUACGAUAAACAGCAGCAACAGGAGUCAACGGUAGCAACGAUAAUCAAUUAUGAUAACAGCAAUACCAUCCGGAAAAAUGGCAAUGACGAGGAUGUGCCACCGUUGCCGGCAACACCACCGCCAGUGCCACCAGCAGUAUUACAGAAGUCGCUGUCCGGUGAUUUACUACGGCCAGUGCUGUCGAUGCCACCACCAAUUCUGUAUGGUGGGUACAAUCGGAACAGCUACUACAGUACCGUAUCAUCGACGGGUAGUCCGAUCGUGGAGGAACCGCCAUCACCCGCACCAAGUCAUCAGCUGCAGUGCGCACCGUUCCAGGAUGACGAUCUUACGUACGACAAUAUUAUUGAGAUCCUCCCAUUUGAACAACUUACGAUUGGUGGUAGCGUGGUGCCACCUCCACUGCCACUCCAUCACCAUCAUUCGUCGGCAACGUUGGCGGCCCAUCAGGCUUCCCUCGCUGCCGCUGCCUCUCUUCAAGCUCAACAGCAACAGCAGUUCUAUCAGCAACAGCAGCUUCUAUUACAUCAACAGCAGCAGUCGCAACAACAACCGGCAGUAUCAUCAUCACUGUCGCAACAUGUCGCUCAAUCUUCGAGUUCUACCGGUAUAGCAGAUGGUGCAGGCACUGGAGCGAUAGCAUCAGGCACUGUGGGACCUCCGGUGAAUCGACGCACUGGUCCAGCAGCUCGCACCCUUCAGUAUCGGGAUAGUGCGUACGAAAGUCGUCGACAGUCGCAAGCGCAGGCUAGCGCAGGUAUGUGCAUGGAUAGCUUCCGGUUGCUAAGCGUGCUCGGCCGCGGCCACUUUGGCAAGGUGAUACUGGCACAGUACAAAAAUACGGGUGAAUAUUUCGCUAUCAAGGCGCUCAAGAAGGGUGACAUUAUUGCGCGCGACGAGGUGGAAUCGUUGCUGAGCGAAAAGCGUAUUUUCGAGGUUGCCAACACGAUGCGUCAUCCAUUCCUGGUUAAUCUGUUCUCAUGCUUUCAGACUGAACAACAUGUCUGCUUUGUGAUGGAGUAUGCGGCAGGUGGUGAUCUGAUGAUGCACAUACACACGGAUGUUUUUUCCGAGCCACGGGCCGUCUUCUAUGCAGCCUGCGUUGUGCUCGGUUUACAGUAUCUGCAUGAAAGUAAAAUCAUAUACCGCGAUCUAAAGCUCGACAAUCUUCUGCUGGAUACGGAAGGUUACGUAAAGAUCGCCGAUUUCGGCUUGUGCAAGGAGGGUAUGGGAUUCGGAGACCGAACGGGAACGUUCUGUGGGACGCCCGAAUUUUUGGCACCGGAAGUGCUUACUGAAACUUCCUAUACGCGAGCUGUCGAUUGGUGGGGUUUAGGUGUGCUGAUCUUCGAAAUGCUCGUUGGAGAGUCACCAUUUCCGGGCGAUGAUGAGGAGGAAGUAUUCGAUUCAAUCGUAAAUGAUGAGGUUCGUUAUCCACGGUUCCUUUCGCUAGAAGCAAUCGCGAUCAUGAGAAGGUUGCUGCGCAAGAAUCCAGAACGACGCCUCGGGUCGUCCGAGCGUGAUGCCGAAGAUGUUAAACGUCAAGCCUUCUUCCGUAACAUCGUCUGGGAUGAUCUAUUGCUCAGAAAAGUGAAACCACCGUUUGUGCCAACGGUUCGUUCUCCGGAAGAUGUUUCCAACUUUGAUGAGGAAUUUACGUCCGAAAAACCGGCCCUCACACCACCAAAAGAUCCUCGUGUGCUUACCGAAACCGAGCAAACCUACUUCAAAGACUUCACAUACAUGGCGGACUGGUGUUGAGAGCCUUGAAGUUUAUUAAGCUGCGUAACGGAGGCAAAACCCUUCGCCAUCGGCAACUCUAUCGUUUGUUACUAGUUUGUUAUAAAUGGGAAGAAAAAAGAUAGAAACGAUUAAAGAUUGUCGGCUCAAGAUGUAUCGUUUCCGCGAGAUUACAUGUACUAUGAUAUGGUCCUCACAUGCAUUAGAUUGUUUGUAAAGAUAAGCACAAGACAGAGACAUAAAAGUUGGGUGUGGUAUCUACCGGUAAAAAAUGACAAAA